GACGUUCGUCCCUUAGUUACUGCGUCAAGAUGGCACUGAAUAAGUCGCCAUCGACGACGCAUCCUAGCUGUUCACAGUAUCUAGCGUGGAUAAACUCGCAAUGCCUACAAAGUUUCAAAGAAGUUGCAUAGAGAGACCACAGAGUCUCCCAAGCAACUGCAUUCAUCCAAUGAAGCCAAGCAGAAUUCCAUGUUUGAGCUUCAAACCAGAGAGGCCCGCCAGUGCCCCCAACUUGGAAGAAGUAUUAACUUCGCCUAGUAUUCACACACUGAGGACCUCAAGUGCCGCCCACACAAGGCCUUGGAGGCCCUUCAGUGUGAUGCCUCAUACUACCCAGUCUGAGGCCCAUCUUCCAAACCUAAGACUUGUAAAUAUGUUAGAAAGGACUAAGAGUGCUUCAGUUGAAAUACCCAUUAGUCAACCAUUGAAACCCAGCAGAAUUCCAUGGCCGAUCGUCAAAGAAGAGAGGCCCGCAAGUGUCCCUAUUCUGGACAUUGUAUCAACUUUGAAUAGUACUUACACACAGAGGUCCUCAAGUGCCGCCCACACAAGGCCUUGGAGGCCCUCCAGUGUGAUGCCUCAGCAUGUACAGUCUAAGUCACAUCUCCCAAACCCAAGACUUGCAAAGCUGUUAGACAGUGGAUGGAAAUCAGCUCCCAUCUUGCCAAGUUACCCGGUAGCUGGUCCGGAAUGUACCGCUCCGGUUUCGCCAAAUAAACCGAAGCGCCCUACCACGGCUAUCUUAUAUACUUGCGAAGAUACUAGCAGCACGAUCAGUACAAAUAUUAGCAAUUCAAGGUGUAGUAACCAAAGUUACAUCAGAGUCGACAGCCCCUGCAGAAAACCGAGCUGUAUUCCAGUUCCAAUGUGCAACACCCGGUCAAAAGAAGUGAGAAGUGAGGCACAUUCUGCAAGUCAACCAUCAAGUGCCACGAGACGUAUUUCCUGUCAAGCUGAACCAACUACUCCACGAACAGGUGAUAAGCCACAGAUACAACGAAGUCGUAUCCCUGUUGCUAAAUUCGUAUCUUCAUUGCUGGGAAAAAUGAUUUUCUGCAAACCAAAACAGGUAGAUUCUCCACCAGAAAGUGCAAGAUCUACUCUUAAAAGUGAGAGAAGCAGAAUCCCGAUACUAAGACGUGAAUCACGGAAUGCUUCGGUACAAGAAUCCAUAAGUGAUUUUGACUCAAGUCAACCAGUCCCAUCUGUUGAAGCACAGGAAAUUGACAGUGAACUAUCAACGGCACAAAACGUGACCAGUGACAACAACAUGAAUCAAACCAUUCACAUACCAGUACAGAAAGUCGAAAGCCUGGAAACCCUGGCAGAAAGAGUCGUAAUCGCCAACAACUUGAUGCAGCACUACGAGGUAUCGACACCAAAAAAUGUCAAAAGCCUAGAAUCCCUUACAGAAAAUGCAGAAAAUGUCAUCAUUACCGAUGGCUUGAUGCAAAACUACGAUGUACCAACACUAAGAAAUGUCAAAAGCAUAGAAUGUCAGAUAGAAAAUAUCAUUGAUGACAACUACUUGGAAUUGAACAACGAGGUCAGAAGAAGUUUUGUAAGCUUGGCAGAAAAGGUUGUCCAUGAAAACAGCCUGAGGCAGAACACAGAGGUUCAAAGUCUGGCAUCGUUGACACAGAAAAUCGAAAGACUUAAAGUCAUUGCUGACGAAUUCGUUGUUGAUAACAACUUGAAGCAAGAAACCGAGACAACAGUUGCACAAGAAACGGAAAACUUACAGACUACUGAGGAACCACAUGUUGUUUACCAGAACGUUCCAAGCCUGAAAGAGAUGACACAAGCAGUUGUUGAAAACAUCCUAAGGCAGAAAACAGAGGUAACACACCAGCAUAAUGUGGAAAGCCUGAAAUAUAUAAGACAAAGUGUUCCCGAAGACAACAAACUAAGACAGUCUCUGGAUAUACUAAGCAUAAAGAAUGUUCCCAGCUUAAAUACGCUGACAGAAAGCAUUCCCGAUGACAAGAAACUAAGCCAAAUCACCGAAGUUCCAAACAUGAAACAUACUGAAAUCCUAGAGUCUUUGACACACACAGUUGUUGAUGAUGAAAUGAUCAGAACGGACACUGAAAACCACAUACCUCAUGAGCCAGACACAUUAAAAUCACUUGCGCAGAGGUCGCUUUCGGCAUACUGCAUUAGACAAAAUUGCGACAUCCAGAGACCAGCAAGACCAAAAAGCGUUGGUAUCAGUAAGUGCAAUGUUUCAAGAUCCCCCGAAUCAAAACGACAAAUCUCGUCUGCCUCUACCGGAAGUUCAAGACCGCCAACCGGAAUAUCCGGCAGAUCAAAGAUGAGCAGUGACGAUAACGGACAUACUGGACAACAGUCUUCUGACAAAAUAGAUAACAGGUCAGUAAGAAAAUCUAGAUCCUGCUCCGUCAAUAGACCAGCAUUAUCGCGACCCCCGACUAGAAGAGCUAUCACAAGUCUUGAUGGUAUUAAUAUUUAUGAUGAUGAUGAUGAUGAUGAUGACGACGAUUAUGAUGAUAACGAUGAUGACAAUAAUGAUGAUGAUGAUGAUGAUGGUGAUGCAGAAGAAGAAGAAGAAGAGGAGGAGGAGGAGGAUUGCGAUGAUGAUGACACUGAUAAUGAUAAUGAUGAAAAUGAACUUGAUGACGACGCCGCCGACAGUUUUAGACCAGAACCGGAAACAACCGACUCAGAAGAUGACGGAAUACCAGCAGACGAGUCCUGCACUAGAAGAGUGGCAUCUCUAUCAAAAAUGUCCAGUACCCCCACAUGGACCGACUUCAGUUUUUCAUCUAUCGAGGCUCCGUCGCAUGAAAGCAGUUUAAUCUUUCCUUCCGGAGCCAGGUCACGACCUCCAACCGAAGCUUCUACUACGUCAUCCGAGAUCAAUACCGCAGGCAACAGCAGCGCACAGGAAAGGUCACGGCCUCCAACCGAAGCUUCUACUACGUCAUCCAAGAUCAAUACCGCAGGCAACAGCAGCGCAAAGGAAAGGUCACGACCUCCAACCGCAGCUUCUACUACGUCAUCCAAGUCCAAUACCACAGACAACAGCAGCACGCAGGAAAGGUCACGGCCUCCAACCGCAGCUUCUACUAAGUCAUACAAGUCAAAUAACCCAGAAAACAGCAGCGUGCAGGAAAGGUCACGGCCUCCAACCGCAGUUUCUACUACGCCCUACAAGUCCAAUACCACAGACAACAGCAGCGCGCAGGAAAGGUCACGACCUCCAACCGCAGCUUCUACGAUGCCAGCAAUGUUCUAUGCCUCACACAGCAGUAGCUCGGAGGAAUCAUCUGAUGAAAUGGUUUAUAGAAUCACUCCGACACCAGACGAACUCUGCGUUGAUAAGGUGGCGUCAUUAUCAGAAAUGUCUAGUACACCUACAUGGACUGAGUUCAGUUUUUCAUCUAUCGAGCCUCCGUCGCAUGAAAGCAGUUUCGUCUUUCCUUCUCCAGAAAGGUCGCGACCUCCAACAGGCGACAGCCGAGAAUCUUCUGAAGAAAAUAUUGACAUUAUGGAAAAGGAUGCCUGCGAAAAGGACGACCCAAAGAAGGACCUAGUCGACCUUGAUCUAUAUUUCAAGAAUUACAAAGAAAAAACAAAGUUUCCGUCAUUGGCGGAGUUGGCGGAAAGGGCAGUAAAAAAGAAUGAAUUAAUGGCAAUGAGUUUAGAAGUGCCGAAGAUUUCUAUGGUGAGAAUCGGAUCGCCAGACAGGAAGGCUGUUUCACCGGUGACUGACUAUACAGAUGAGAUGGCCUUCUUCACAAACGUAUCAGAUAAGGACGACAAUGAACCAAGACUAUGGUCACGUGCCCUGUCGCUGCUGAAAGUAUGCGACUCGCCAGAUUGCGACACUCCGGUGUCAUUAAGCAGCUCAAUCUCUGAAUCAUUCCGAAGCACGAUGUCACAACACUCUGAUGACAUAGAUGAGGGCGGACCAUCUGUAAAGGAUUGCCUUAUAACCGGCCCGACUAUUGACAUAAAUGCAAAAGUAAAGAGACCAUUUAGGCUGAAAGAUCAGAUGAAAAGCAACACCAAAGUGCUCCAGCUUGUCACAGCACUACACGAAAAUGACAACAAAGACAAGAAGGUCGCAAAGAUGUUACAUGACUUAAGACACAUACAACAAUUAGAAAAAGAGCUUAAUGGUAAACGUUUGAGAGAAAUGUUUGAAGAUGCUCGGCUCGUAGCUGAAAUAUUGAACAAUCAGGACAAACUGGCCAAUACAAUUGAGAAGAAGAAAAAGUUGGACGAAACGUUACUGGAGCUUUACAAAGAAAACCUGGAGUUUGAUACAGAAUUUGACAUAAUAGAAAAAUACCUCCUCUGCGACAAACUGGCCAAGACAUAUCACGUUAAAAGAAAUUUCCAGGAGUGUACUAUUGCAUACCUGGAACAUCAGCUGUGUUCGAAAAUUGAAAAGAGGAUCAUGAAGUAUUUUGGAAAGAUAAAGGAACCUAGAAUCAAACCAAGGAUGACAAAAAAUGCCCUCCGUUUACAAAGAGAAAAGGGUCUCAUGGUCAGACGGGACAGAGUAAACAAGAUAGAGGAAGACAUGAAGUACGGAAAACAAAAACGGACCAGAGGGUUAUUUUUCAAACCGCCGGAGAACAAAAAUUACAAGCCCCUGCCUCCAGGACUGGAAGAAAAACUGAAAACCUUAAAGAAGAAAUGUAAAAACAUGUCAAGAUCACAUCCUGUGCCGCCGAGAACAACAAAGUUAGUGCGCUUACGAACUAAUAACAAAGUGGAUAAAGCGACAAACAGGAAUCAGAAAAUGUCCAAUGUCUCUGAUGGCAGAAAAAAUCGUGACAAAAAGACAUUUUCCCUAAUGGACAAAACAAAAUUGAAUGACAAAAUGGCAAUACCAGUAGAAAAUAAAACGAAAAUUCAACCUAAUGCGAAUCAUAAAAAUAACAAAAAGGAACAAAAUGGCCUAGAGGCUCCUAGCAAAAAAUCGCAAAGCAGCCAUGAAGCCAAAGAAACUGAAAAUGGACGUAUAGGCAAAACAGAGAACAAAAAUAAUAGAAUAAAUCAAAAUAUUCAUAGCAGGAAUGCAACACGUGUCACCGACCAGUCAGAAGUGGCUACGUCAGAAAUACGGCAAGAAGCGAAACAAACUGAAAAUGGACAUAUAGGCAAAACAGAGAACAAGAAUAAUAGAAUAAAUCAAAAUAUUCAUAGCGGGAAUACAACUCGUGUCGCUGACCAGUCAGAAGUGGCUACGUCAGAAAUACGGCAAGAAGCGAAACAAACUGAAAAUGGACAUAUAGGCAAAACAGAAAACAAGAAUAAUAGAAUAAAUCAAAAUAUUCAUAGCGGGAAUGCAACUCAUGUCGCCGACCAGUCAGAAGUGGCUACGUCAGAAAUGCGACAAGAACCCAAACAAAUAGAAAAUGGACAUAUAGACAAAACAGAGAACAAGAAUAAUAGAGUAAUUCAAAAUAUUCAUAGCGGGAAUGCAACUCGUGUCGCCGACCAAUCAAAAGCCGUUACGUCAGAAAUGCGGCAAGAACCCAAACAAAUAGAAAAUGGACAUAUAGACAAAGCAGAGAACAAGAAUAAUAGAAUAAAUCAAAAUAUUCAUAGCGGGAAUGCAACUCAUGUCGCCGACCAGUCAGAAGUGGCUGCGUUAGAAAUGCGACAAGAACCCAAACAAAUAGAAAAUGGACAUAUAGACAAAGCAGAGAACAAGAAUAAUAGAGUAAUUCAAAAUAUUCAUAGCGGGAAUGCAACUCGUGUCGCCGACCAAUCAAAAGCCGUUACGUCAGAAAUGCGACAAGAAUCCAAACAAAUAGAAAAUGGACAUACAGGCAAAACAGAGAACAAGAAUAAUAGAAUAAAUCAAAAUAUUCAUAGCGGGAAUGCAACUCGUGUCGCCGACCAAUCAAAAGCCGUUACGUCAGAAAUGCGGCAAGAAUCCAAACAAAUAGAAAAUGGACAUAUAGGCAAAACAGAUAAUAAGAAUAAUAGAAUAAAUCAAAAUAUUUAUAGCGGGGAUGCAACUUGUGUCGCCGACCAGUCAGAAGUGGCUACGUCAGAAAUGCGGCAAGAACCCAAACAAACAGAAAAUGGACAUAUAGGCAAAGCAGAGAACAAGAAUAAUAGAAUAAUUCAAAAUAUUCAUAGUAGGAAUGCAACACGCGCCGCCAACCAGUCAAAAGCCGUUACGUCAGAAAUACGGCAAGAACCCAAACAAACAGAAAAUGGACGUAUAGGCAAAGCAGGGAACAAGAAUAAUAGAAUAAAUCAAAAUAUUCGUAGCAGGAAUGCAACACGUAUCGCCGACCAGUCAAAAGCCGUUACGUCAGAAAUACGACAAGAAGCCAAACAAACUGAAAAUGGUCGUAUAGGCAAAGCAGUGAACAAGAAUAAGAGAAUAAUUCAAAAUGUUCAUGGCAAGAAUGCAACACGUGUCGCUAACCGAUCAAAAGUGGUUAUGUCGGAAAUACGGCAUGAAGGUGCAAAGAAAGCCAACUCAUUCCCAAACAAAGAUAUACCCCGAAAGCCCAUUCAGUCUCGAAAAGCACCUUCAAAGUUCAUCGAGAUAAAAUCGGCCAGUGCAGGCCAAUUGCAAAAAAGAGAAAAUGUUCAAAAAAGGACAUAUGUUAAAGACAAAAGACCUCUAAAGGCCUUUACUGGUAUUAAAAAUAUAAUAAAUGUCGGUUUAGAUACACAAGGGCAUGUACAGGUUGAUACAAAUGGUAAUGAUACUGCAAAAAUAAACAGCAGCACAUUAAAUCGACAAAAGAUGGAGCCCAGAAAAUUACGACAACAAGAGGUGCCAAAAGAAGUUGAACACGGAAACCACAAUACUAAACUUCCACGUAUUGUUUCACAACAAGAAAAACAAGAAAUGGCUCAGUCACUCUCAGAACUAACUAUGGUUGGAACUAAAUGCAAAACCAAGUUAACACGAGUUAGUCGACAGAAAACCAAGAGCAGUCAUACGAAAACAAUGUCAGAUCAGACUUAUAAUAAAUUUGUAAUGAAAUGAAAAAUAAUAAAAUAUACAAAAAAAAGUUAAUAAA